UGGGCGAUGAGGUACUGCGCAGGGCAGGUCCCACCCCGGAAGCUGACUGCAUUGGGUCGCCGGCUGAAGUAGAGAGUAGAUUGUAGAUUCUUCAGAUACGGGGAAGAUUUGACAGCGCAGCCAAACAGCGGAAUCGAUCUAGGUAGAGAGUGUGGAGAUGGAAGUCUAGAAACUUUCCAUCGUAACCAUGAUGUUGGGUAGUAUCAAAGUAUAUAAAUAUGCCUUGGAAGCACAUUUGACCAUCCAUCAACUUGCCAAGUAUCUUCGAAAAGACUACCAAUCUUGCCCAACAUGGUAUCUCUUAAGCAACUCAGUUUUGUCGUCCUCGCCACUGGCCUCGCCACGGUUGCUGCUCAGUCCACAGGAAAGACGACACGUUACUGGGACUGUUGCAAAGGCUCCUGCGCAUGGGCAGGCAAAGCCAGUGUCACCCAACCUCUCAGGACGUGUGACAAGAACGACAACCCCAUUAGCGAUCUGAUGGCGAAGAACGGAUGUGAGAGCGGUGGCACUGCGUUCAUGUGCACUAACCAGACGCCGUGGGCAGUCAACAACAGCCUCGCAUAUGGCUUUGCUGCUGUAAAGCUGGCCGGAAAGAGUGAGCGUGACUCAUGCUGUGCUUGUUAUGAGUUGACCUUCACGUCGGGCCCCGUCGUAGGCCAGAAGAUGAUUGUGCAAUCCACCAACACGGGUGGUGACCUUGGAGACAACCACUUCGAUAUUGCUAUGCCAGGUGGUGGUGUAGGCAUCUUUAACGGCUGUACUGCACAGUUUGGCGCGCCAUCCACCGGGUGGGGUCAACAAUACGGUGGCAUCUCGAGUCGCUCUGAAUGUGAAAACUUUCCUGAGAAGCUCAAGGCAGGGUGCCGGUGGAGAUUUGACUGGUUCAAGAACGCCGACAACCCGACUAUUAGUUUCAAGGAGGUCACCUGCCCUGGUGAGUUGACAAGCAGGACUGGCUGUAUCCGGUUGUAGAGAAGGGUGAAGAAGAAUAGGAGUUCCGCCAUUGAUACUUGAUCAGCACAAAGGAGGCAAGAUGUACAUAUGCACACAUGCAAUGACGAAGCGGUGACAAACCACGGCCAGCUGUCCCGCAUCGUGAGGCAUUAUAGUCAAAUAAGUUCAGAUCAUCGUCAUCAACCUUUUGGAGAAAAUGCUUGCGUUUGUGACACGGCAGAAUUGUUGUCGGGGAGAAAGUGUUCCCGGACCGAACCUACACCGCCCGGCGAGGGGAAGAUUGCAGCU